CGGGAUUUCGCUUGUUUUUAUUAGAAGUUUAGAUGCAAUUGGAAGAAGUUCGGUGAACUAUAAAAAUUCUUGUUUAGUUUAAGCGUCAAAUUUUAAAGAGUUUCAAUUUCUCUAAUCAAUUUUCAAUCUAGUUUAAGAAAAAACUAAUUUUAAGUUAAAAUUGUUUGGUAAUCCUAAAAUCGUGGUAGAAACUUUAAAGGAAGAUUAUAAGGACCUUUUAAAAAAUGGCUACACUCAUGUCCCGACCUCCAAUGCAAAAUACUUCACAUUUUGCGUUCCCGGGAAUGGCUCAACCGGAGCCGGGACCAGAGCUGGCCCAGAGGUCGAUAACUGUUCAACAGCCCCCAUAUAUCUGUGUUCGGAAGAAGGUAAUUUACGUGCGGACUAUUCGUCGGGAGCCGAAACUGAUUAACGGAAUGAGAGAAAUCGCGGUCCCUUUUGUAACGGAAGAAAGAAUGAUAUCGCGAGUACCCAUAAAAACAUAUGUUGAGCAACGUUUCAAAGUACCAAAGGUAACAUGGAAAACAGUCAUCAUUCCCGAGGCAGAAGUCAAAUGCGAAAAGAAACUUGUAUCGGAACCAAGGGAAGUAUGCCAGGCGGUAUUAUGCCAACCUCUUCCUCAAGUUAUCCCCGUGCCUCAACCGCAAGAAUAUUGUUGUUAUUCUACUGGUCCAGCUUCUCUCAAUUGCAAGCCAGCUGCUAGUUAUCAAUGCACUGAAUGCCCUCCUCACGUUUCUCCAGGACCGAGUAUGCCAUUCUUCCCUCCAUGCCCACCAUGUCCUCCGCAUUGCACUCCUGCACCUGGUCUGCAACGUUUAUGUUGAGUUGAAGCAGGAUGUGCAUCGGAACUAGCUACUAUUUGGUAUAGUUAUUAUGAUUCCUUGCAAGCUUGACGUGGAGAGUCUUCCAUAUAUAUUAUGUGCACUUGAAGGUAUUCGAUGAGGUUGGUAUAAAUUCGCCUAAUAUGACGUGCAUUGUACUCUAAUGAAAGGUACAGCCUCAAAUAUCUUCCAUAUUCAUCAAGGUUGACUUUCCAUUGUAAUUUUUGAUUAGAGCGCUGUUUUUAAGUUGUCCUGUGAGUGAAUUUAAUGAAUUUUACGUGCUCUGUGGCUCCAGAAUUUUGAAAUAUAUAUUUGAUAA